GAGUUCAUUCAGCCAUUACAUUCUCCCUCAGCCAGGUCGAAGCCGUCAGUGGUGGAGGACAAGUCAUUCGUACCAAGCAAGUAAAAUGUUAUCCGUGCGAGUUGUAGCAGCGUUGGCCAGGACCCUGCCUAGAAGGGCCGGAUUAGUGUCCAAGGCUGUGCCAGCCGCCUGCGUUGGGGUCAAUCAUCUCCACAUGCACAGACCAUGGCUACAGAAGACUGGCACGGCUGAGGUGUCUUCAAUCCUGGAGGAGAAGAUCAUGGGAGCAGACACUUCUGCCGACCUGGAGGAGACCGGCCGCGUGCUGUCCAUCGGUGACGGUAUCGCCAGGGUGUAUGGUCUGAUACAUUUUAAUACAUCCAGUGUGGUUCUUGCCCACCAGGGAAUGUCUCUGAACUUGGAGCCCGAUAAUGUUGGUGUGGUGGUGUUUGGUAACGACAAGCUUAUCAAGGAGGGCGACAUCGUGAAGAGGACUGGCGCCAUCGUGGACGUUCCCGUUGGUGAGGAGCUGCUCGGCCGUGUUGUGGACGCUCUGGGAAACGCCAUUGAUGGAAAGGGUCCUCUGGGUUCCAAGACGCGUAGGCGUGUUGGUCUGAAGGCUCCAGGUAUCAUCCCCCGUAUUUCUGUGAGGGAGCCGAUGCAGACUGGCAUCAAGGCUGUGGACAGCCUGGUGCCCAUUGGCAGAGGCCAGCGUGAGCUCAUCAUUGGCGACAGGCAGACUGGCAAAACCGCCAUUGCCAUCGACACCAUCAUCAACCAGAAACGCUUCAACGAGGGUACUGAUGAAAAGAAGAAGCUGUACUGCAUCUACGUGGCCAUCGGCCAGAAGAGGUCCACCGUGGCCCAGCUGGUGAAGAGGCUGACGGAUGCCGACGCCAUGAAGUACACCAUCGUGGUGUCGGCCACCGCCUCGGAUGCCGCGCCCCUGCAGUACCUGGCCCCGUACUCGGGCUGCUCCAUGGGCGAGUACUUCCGCGACAACGGCAAGCACGCCCUCAUCAUCUAUGAUGAUCUGUCCAAGCAGGCCGUAGCCUACCGUCAGAUGUCCCUGCUGCUGCGUCGUCCCCCCGGUCGCGAGGCUUACCCUGGCGACGUCUUCUACCUGCACUCGCGCCUGCUGGAGAGAGCCGCCAAGAUGAACGACAACUUCGGCGGCGGCUCCCUCACCGCUCUGCCGGUCAUCGAGACCCAGGCCGGCGACGUGUCUGCCUACAUUCCCACCAAUGUCAUCUCCAUCACUGAUGGACAGAUCUUCUUGGAGACGGAGCUGUUCUACAAGGGUAUCCGGCCUGCUAUUAACGUGGGUCUGUCUGUGUCCCGAGUGGGUUCUGCUGCCCAGACCAGAGCCAUGAAGCAGGUUGCUGGCACCAUGAAGCUGGAACUGGCUCAGUACCGCGAGGUUGCCGCUUUCGCCCAGUUUGGCUCCGAUCUGGAUGCCGCCACCCAGCAGCUCCUCAACAGGGGCGUCAGGCUGACGGAGCUGCUCAAGCAGGGACAGUACUCUCCCAUGGCCAUCGAGGAGCAGGUGACGGUCAUCUACGCCGGCGUCAGGGGGCACCUGGACAAAAUGGAGCCCAGCAAGAUCACAAAGUUCGAGAAGGCUUUCCUGCAGCACAUUCUCAGCCAGCACCAAGAUCUGCUCGCUGCAAUUAAGGCUGACGGCAAGAUCUCGGAGGCAUCCGAUGCCAAACUCAAGCAGAUAGUUCUGAACUUCCUGUCCAGUUUUGAGUAAAGCAGGUCCAGCACUUGCUGUUGAUCUUCAGUGCCCCCUACCAUUAUGUAUGUGAACACGCUGAACGCCAAAACCUCCAUGUACAGGUUAGUCCCAAUAAAAAUCUACAAGCCUGCCCAGCUGUAAAUGUAUUCUGAUUGGAUCAGACGAAAUCUAGAAUACACGUGGAUCAUUUCAGCACAUUAGUUAAGAGUCAUGCUGUUCACUGUAGUAAUUGAAGGGGGGGAGCAAGUGUCAGGUUGUGUGUUUGGCUCUUUUUGCUCCUAAGUAUGUCAGAACCCAUGUCAGGUUGGAGUCAAAUGUUUAUUAAUAUGAUGAGAAUAAAUUGUGUAACAAAUGUAA